UAUGUUUAUUGUAGCAGUGAACGAGACACGUGCAGCGGCCUCGGCUCGCUGCCUGUCACUGCUGUUUGCUGUCUGCUACAACUGUCUGCUGCCUGCUUCUGCUCCCUGAUGGCUCUGCUGAAGGUGGGGCGGGCUUUGUGCCCCCGCCUGGCCUCGAUGAACACAGAGAGUCGUGCAUGGGUGAGCACAUUGGAAGAGGUGAGGAGAAUCAAUGGAAGGGAAGAAGCAGUGGUGCUGACUGAUGAUGGCAAAACUGUUGUGUGCUGGCACCCUCAGCCAGACAUCCCUUAUGAGAUGACAAAGCCACUCCCUGCAGCCCCAGCAGUAACAGACUCAGUGCUAAAGGUGCAGGCACAGGACACAACGAAGCUGUUUCAAAAUAAACAUCCAUUCUUUGUGAACAAGGCACUCAGAGAGCUGACUUUCACCACUAAACACAAAUGGUUCCCAAGACCACAGAAACGAUUUGCCAAGAAGAAUCCUCCCCGAGACCGAGAAUAUUUAUAGAAUUUUAGGUAUAUUUUUAAUGUAAAUAUGUAAUAAACUUGUACCAUA